CGCGAAAAUGCACCACACAGGAAUUCAAUAUUUUUCUUCUGGGGAGCGGUUUCUUGUAGAAAAUUUAAUUAAACCUAUUGUAACAUUGCCCUUGAUUGAAUGCAAAGUAACAGGAAAUACUAUAGUACAUUUAAUUUGUUAUUAAUGUCGAUUAUUGUGGAAAAAUUUAUCAAACCUUUAACCCAAAACCAUCAUCAUGUCGGACACGAUCAUCCAAUACAAUUUCAAAGCCGAAGAACUGGUAAAAUCUGGCCGAACUUCGAGUUAUAACAUUGACGGUAUUAGGGAAUGGUUGGACCUAAUGCCCACGAUACCGCCACUAUGCGACGAACAAAUUGCUAUUUUUCUUAUAGCUUGCAAAAACGACACUGAGGCCACGAAAAAUUGUAUAGUUUCGUUUUUCAAAUAUAAAGCCGCCGCUCCGGAGUUGUUUGCUAAUAGAGAUAUUGACAAUGAAGAACAGACACACACUUUCAAUGUUUCUAAAUGUGGUAUAUUACCCAACCGGACAAAAGAAAACUAUGCCGUAAUUUGUGCUUGUUUAAAAGAUACCAGUUAUUCAAGCUUCAAUUUGGACGGACAAGUGAAAAUGAUUUACACUCUAUUGGAUGUAGUACUUUACGACAAUCCACCAGCGGGAUUGGUCAUAAUUAUUGAUAUCAAAGGGGUUGGAUUGAUGCAUAUCACAAGACUGAAACUUGGAACUGUGAAAAAAUUCUUCCAGUUUCUACAGGAAGCCUUACCAACUCAACUAAAGCAAAUUCACAUUAUGAACACUUCUUACGUGUUUGAUAAAAUUAUUAUGGUCCUGAAACCGUUUAUGAAUAAGGAACUCUUCAAUAUGAUUGUUACUCAUCCUCCAAACGCAAACCUAGACGAGUUUUACGAAAAAUACAUCCCAAAAGAUAUCUUACCAGCCGAUCUAGGAGGCGACUUGCCAAAUUUAGAUCAGCUCACGGAAGAAACGAAAUCUCUAGCGAGGAAAGUGAGAACUUAUUUGGAACAAUGUGAACAACAAAUAGAGGUUUACAAGGAGAACAGACUCUAGAUUUUAAGUGCGAUUCAGUAAUUAUUGAAUGUGUAAUCGGAGUGUGAGACAUAUUGAACAAGUUUGGGUUUUGGAGGCAUUUUUUUAAAAUAAUUUAUGCUGGUGAAUGGCACGUUUACACAUUAUUAUGUUUUAGAAUGCGAAUUGUUAAAUUCAAUCUAUUUUUAUGAGAGAUUUCAUUAGUUUUGAUAAGGGUAAAAAUCAAGAUGUAAUUUCAAAAAAAAAAAUUAAUUGGAAUCUAUGAUAUGUGUAAUUAGCUAAGCAAAAUAGUUUUUGUUUCCUACGUAAAUUAUUUUUUGGAAGGCGAUAAUUUGUUCAUUUUCACGUGUUGACCAUCAAAGUUCUCAAACGCAUUAAUAAAAAUAAAUGUUAUUUUUUUUUUGUAGCCCAUUAUAAGUCAAUUUUUAGAAGUAAUGUUAGUUCCUCAUUAGUACCUAUGUAUAUUAAUGACGUUUAGAUAUUUUUUGUUACCAAGGUGUGAAUUGAAAAUGUGAACAGUAGGCCCUUUUACAGACGUUUUUUAAAAUUUGUCAUCCCAGACCAGAAAAUUUGUUCCAAUAUGUCAGCAAACUCCGUGGUAUUAGAUAUUUAUUGUAAAUUGGAUGCGAAAAAUAAAGAUUUAUAUAGAGAA